UUCAAGCAGCGACGUCGCACUGUUUAUAUUUCUGACGUGCAUUUGUUGUCCGAAGAGGAUUCUGGUUCGCUAAUUAUUUUUAUUUUAAAAGUCUAUGUUGGAGUGGAUUCGGCACUGGUCUUGCAUGAACAUGGGACACAAAGAAUUUUCCGUGCUCGGCCUGGUUAUCUCGCUGGGAGUAUUUCUUCUGGCGCUGCCAACCGUGUGUGGAGAUGUGGCUUAUUCCUUUCCAGAGGAGAUGAAACGCGGCUCAGUUGUCGGGAAUAUAGCUAAAGAUAUUGGACUUGAGGUGGGCAAACUCGCUGCUCGAAAGGCUCGUAUUGAUGCAGAUGGGAACAGCAAACGGUAUUGUGACAUUAAUCUGGGUACUGGAGAUAUCAUUGUUGCCGAUAGGAUUGACAGAGAGGGGCUUUGUGGGAAAAAAGCAUCCUGCAUUUUAAAACAGGAACUGGUUUUAGAAAACCCUUUAGAGCUGCACCGCAUUAAUGUUCACGUUCAAGAUAUUAACGAUAAUUCACCACAAUUUAAAAAGAAUACAAUAAAAUUUGAAAUUAGAGAAUCGGCUACUAAAGGAAGUCGCUACCGUCUGGAUGAGGCCCACGAUGCAGAUAUCGGACAAAACGCUAUACAGGGCUAUAGUAUCGAGGCAAACGAAAACUUCAGAUUGAAUGUUAUUGCAAAAAGCGGAGGAGGAAAAUACAGUGAAUUAGUUUUAGAGAAGGAGUUGGAUAGAGAAAAACAACAAGAGCUAACAAUUGUGCUUGUGGCAACAGACGGAGGCGCACCUCAGAGAUCAGGUACUGUAGUCAUACACGUCACUGUGCUGGAUGCUAAUGAUAACGCCCCAGUGUUUA